AUGGCUAUACCAGCUUCAGCUCAAGGUUUAAGUAUUGUACAUUACGCAUUUGUUCAAUUUAAUUCAAUACAACACUUGCUAAGAGUUCAAGCAAUUACCACUUUCCUUUGUGCACAGGCACAGCCUCGUUCUUUGUGUAAUGAGUUCUGCCAGAAAGGUUAUAGCAAGACCAAGAAGGAAGGGGAACCAUUUUGUUGUUACGAUUGCCUUCCAUGCCCAGAAGGAAAAGUUUCAAACUGGAUGGACAUGGAUUCUUGUUACCAGUGUCCAGAGGAUCAGUAUCCCAGCAAAGCCCAGGAUCAGUGCCUUCCAAAAGGUAUCAGCUUCCUAUCUUUCCAAGAGCCUUUGGGGAUCACUUUGGCCAUUUCUGCUCUUUUAUUUUCCUUCAUCACAGCCCUGGUCCUUGUGGUCUUUCUUCAGCACAAGGACACUCCCAUAGUCAAGGCCAACAACCGGGGCCUCAGCUACACCCUCCUGCUCUCCCUUCUGCUUUCCUUUCUCUGCCCUCUGCUUUUCAUCGGUCGGCCUCAGAAGGCAACCUGUCUCCUUCGCCAAACCGUUUUUGGCAUCAUCUUCUCUGUGGCUGUUUCUUGUGUGGUGGCCAAAACCCUCACUGUGGCCCUGGCUUUCAUGGCCACCAGGCCAGGCUCUCAGAUGAGGACCUGGGUGGGGAAAAGGCUGGCCCUCUUUAUGGUGCUUUCCUGCUCCCUCGUUCAAACCACUCUUUGUACUGUGUGGCUGGCGAGCUCUGCCCCCUUCCCAGAUCGUGACAUGCACUCUCUGCCUCAAGAAGUAGUCCUGGAGUGCAAUGAAGGCUCCCCUGCCAUGUUUGCUUCUGUCCUGGGUUUCAUUGGCUUCUUGGCUAUGAUCAGCUUUAUGGUGGCUUUCCUUGGCAGGAACCUCCCAGAUAGUUUCAACGAAGCCAAAUUUAUCACCCUCAGCAUGCUGCUCUUUUGCAGUGUCUGGAUCUCUUUUACUAGGUCUGAUGUCCCAGUUCCUCCAUGCAAUAUCCAUUACCCUCUUCCAAUAAGUCACCGGUAUUAUCAGCCAGGGGACCUCACCAUUGCUGGCAUUAUUUCUCAAGUCUUCACAUUUUCCGACCCCUUGACUUUCAAUCAGCAUCCAUCUCACAGCCUCCUGGAUGAUAUUGGCCAUUUUGUUGCAAGUUGGACUUACCUCGCCUCACUGGAGCUUCUCUCCACAUGGACCAACUUCAUCCCUAACUACAAGUGUGAUAGUAAAGAUAACACUGUCGCAGUCAUUGGGGGACCCAACUCAGAUGUGACUUCCUUUAUGGCAACCAUUCUGAGCAUCUACAAGGUUCCACAGCUUGGAUAUGGUUCUUCUCCUGUGAUUCAUGACCCAUCCCAGCAAGUCUUCUUCCAAUGGAUGUUCCCUAAUAGGAACCAACAGUAUGUCGGGAUGCUCCAGCUGCUUUUGCUUUUCACAUGGACCUGGAUUGGUGUCAUUUUUAUAGAGGAUGAGAAUGGCCUCAGGUUUGUACAGAAUGAAAUUCCCAAAUUUUCCCAGGGAGGUAUCUGCUUUGACUUUAUAGAACCAUUGCCAACCCUAUAUUUUAAAACUGGUGUUCAUGAAAUGAUAGAAUCAUGGUUCAAAGUAUACAAAUUGAUAAUUAAUAGCACAGUCUGUGUUGUGUUCAUACAUGGUGAAAUUCAUGUUACAAUCUUUCUGAGAAUGUUUCCCAGAAUUUCAGAAAUUGAAGACCUGCCAAUGAAGACAGGCAAAGUGUGGAUGAUGACAGCACAGAUGGAGUUCACUUCUGUUCCCUUCCAACGAUCUUCAGAUAUAGAUAUCCUUCAUGGUGUCCUAGCUUUUGCAACCCAGUCAAAGGAGGUGGAAGGUUUCCAAAAUUUUCUUCAGACGAGAAACCCUAAUGUGGAAACCAGAGAUGGGUUUAUUAAGGACUUUUGGAAACAGGCAUUUGAUUGUUCCUUCCAAACAUCCAUAGAAGAGGAAAAUGUUUGGAAUCGCUGCAGUGGGGAGGAAAAGCUAGAGGCUCUUCCUAGGUCUAUUUUUGACUUGAGCAUAACUCCCCAUAGCUAUAGUGUCUACAAUGCAGUUUAUGCUGCGGCCCACGCAUUGCAGUCCAUGAGCUCAUCAAUGUUCAAACACAGAACUCUGUCAGAGGAAGGACGAAAGAUCAUUCUGAAUCCAAUGGUGUGGCAGCUCCACCACUAUCUACAAAAAGUCUCAUUUAACAAUAGUGUUGGGGAAAUGAUUUCCUUCGAUCAGAAUGGGAACCUGGAAGCAGGAUUUGAUAUUAUCAACUGGGUCACAUUCCCAAAUCUAAGUCUCCAUCGAGUCAAAGUUGGAAAAUUUGACCCCAAAGCUCCCAAAGACCAAGAGUUCAGUGUUUAUGUCGAUGCCAUUAGAUGGCCCAGGAGAUUUAACCAGGCACAGCCUCUUUCUUUGUGUAAUGAACUCUGCCAUCAAGGUCACAGCAAGACCAAGAAGGAAGGGAAACCAUUUUGUUGUUAUGAUUGCCUUCCAUGCCCAAGAGGAAAAGUUUCAGACCAGAUGGACAUGGAGUCUUGUUACCAGUGUCCAGAGGAUCACUAUCCCAGCAAAGUCCAGGAUCAGUGCCUCCCAAAAGAUAUCAGCUUCCUGUCUUUCCAAGAGCCUUUGGGGAUCACUUUGGCCAUUUCUGCUCUUUUAUGUUCCUCCAUCACAGCCCUGGUCCUCGUGGUCUUUCUUCAGCACAAGGACACUCCCAUAGUCAAGGCCAACAACCGAGGCUUCAGCUAUGCCCUCCUGCUCUCCCUUCUGCUUUCCUUUCUCUGCCCUUUGCUUUUCCUUGGUCGGCCUCAGACGGCAACCUGUCUCCUUCUCCUGUCUUUCAUGGCCACCAGGCCAGGCUCUCAGAUGAGGACCUGGGUGGGGAAAAGGCUGGCCCUCUUUAUGGUGCUUUCCUGCUCCCUCAUUCAAACCACUCUUUGUACUGUGUGGCUGGUGAGAUUUGCUCCCUUCCCAGAUCUUGACAUGCACUCUCUGCCUCAAGAAAUGGUGCUGGAGUGCAAUGAAGGCUCCCCUGUGAUGUUCUAUUGUGUCCUGGGUUUCAUCGGCCUCUUGGCCAUGAUUGGCUUUAUGGUGGCUUUCCUCAGCAGGAACCUCCCAGAUAGUUUCAAUGAAGCCAAAUUUAUCACCUUCAGCAUGCUGCUCUUUUGCAGUGUCUGGAUCUCUUUUUUUCCAGCCUACCAGAGCACCAAAGGGAAAUACACGGUGGCUGUGGAGAUCUUCUCCAUCUUAGCCUCAGGUGCUGGAUUAUUGGUCCUCAUUUUCUUUCCCAAACUCUACAUCAUCUUGAUAAGACCUGAGCUGAAUAGCAGGCAACAGCUCAUGAGAAAAGUCUUUAUAAAUCACCGGUAUUAUCAGCCAGGGGACCUCACCAUUGCUGGCAUUAUUUCUCAAGUCUACACAUUUUCCGACCCCUUGACUUUCAAUCAGCAUCCAUCUCAUGACCUCCUGGAUGAUAUUGGGUAA